AUCACCUUAGUUGCUCAACAGUCAAAACAAGGGAUUACACUUAGGCCUGUUUUAGUGGCUGUCCGGGGAACAUGGCUGUCACUAUUACUGUAAUCAGUCGGUCAACAAUCUAGCAAAAAUAUUUAUUAGGAAUUUGUUUACUUUCGCUUUCGGAUAAAACUCAGACAACAAUGAAUCCCAAGAGAAGACAGACGCCACAAACUUGUUGUCACUGAAAAAUACUGCCGGCUGUAACUGUGUUAAAACAUCGUACAGACGUCAUGAGUGCUGAUGGUGGCAUAUUCCCUAUUGACACCUCUAACUACUUACCUGUGAUGGCUGAAUGUCCACAUUUAGAUGACAACUCAAGCGACACUGAGAACUGGGAAAGUAAUCUUCACAGACACUCAAGUGCCCAGCCCCGCGUCCCAGUCCCUCAACUAGAGGCCGACCUGGUCAACAUGAACCUGCAUGGCGCCAGUGGAGGCCUCGAACGCUGCAGGGACAGUGAUCGCCGGAGGUCUAGCGACCGCUCCCGAGACUCCUCCCACGAGAGGGGCGAGGGUCAGCUGACCCCUUGCAUCAGGAACGUCACCUCGCCCACCCGACAGCACAACAGCGAUCGUGAGCGGUGCGAGGGUGGUUCUUCCUCCAGGUCGUCGAGUCCUCGGCCCCCCAGGGCCUUAAUCUCCGUGGGGCCCAGCUGCAUCGUAGCGAGCAGGAGCAGCCUUUUCAGUACUGAGACCCACUGUAAGAGUCUGGGCCAUGGACACGUGCAUGGUCCCUGUGACCACCUCUACGUCUAUGAGAACGCAAAGGAGGGGACGCGCACAUUACGGACCGCCGAGAGGGUCACUCUGAUAGUGGACAACACCCGCUUCCUGGUGGACCCAGCCAUCUUCACCGCCCAGCCUAACACCAUGCUGGGAAGAAUGUUUGGAUCCGGGAGAGAAUACAAUUUCACUAGGCCCAAUGACAAAGGAGAGUUUGAGGUGGCAGAUGGAAUCAGCUCAACGGUUUUUAGAGCCAUCCUGGAUUACUACAAAUCUGGGAUAAUCUGCUGUCCUGAUGGGAUCCCCAUUCCUGAGCUGAGAGAAGCAUGUGACUACCUCUGCAUCUCCUUUGACUACAGCACCAUCAAGUGUAGAGACCUCAGUGCACUCAUGCACGAGCUGUCCAACGAUGGAGCGAGGCGUCAGUUUGAGUUCUACUUGGAGGAGAUGGUGGUGCCGCUGAUGGUCGCCAGCGCCCAGAACGGAGAGAGGGAGUGUCACGUGGUGGUCCUGACUGACGACGACGUGGUGGACUGGGACGAGGAGUACCCUCCGCAGAUGGGAGAGGAGUAUUCACAGAUUAUAUACAGCACAAAACUGUACAGAUUCUUCAAGUACAUAGAGAAUCGAGACGUUGCCAAAUCAGUAUUAAAAGACAGAGGACUUAAGAAAAUCAGACUUGGAAUUGAAGGUUACCCCACCUACAAGGAGAAGGUGAAGAAGCGUCCCGGCGGCCGGCCAGAGGUCAUCUACAACUAUGUGCAGCGGCCCUUCAUCCGCAUGUCUUGGGAGAAGGAGGAGGGCAAGAGCCGCCAUGUUGACUUCCAGUGUGUGAAGAGCAAGUCCAUCACAAACCUAGCAGCUGCCGCUGCGGACAUUCCCCAGGACCAGCUGGUCAACAUGCACCCUGGCCCUCAGGUGGACGAACUGGACAUCCAGCCUCAGCCAAGCUACCACUACGAGCCAGACCCAGACGCCCCCUCAGAGCACUGUAGUGACGAGCGAGUUUGACAGCAGAAACCAAAUUGCCGUUGCAACUCUUGUGCAGCCUUAAGGCAACAAAAAAAAACUGGUAUACAUUGUCAACAGCCUGGGAAGGAGUAGCAAAGCACACAGUAAACAAUUGCCUCCUUGUACUGUUAACUGACCAAAGGAGAUUUUUUUUUUUUAAAUCAAGAAUAUUUGAAUCACAAACUUGUCUGUGGGUGUGGUGGUGCUGCUGUGUACAGUUACAGUACUGUAGUUCCUAAAGGGUUUGAUUUUAUCCACUUCUGCUUGCUCUGCCUGUUGGUGUGGGUGAGACUGUUACUACAGUCUACCACCAGAGCACCUGGGGAGCCUCACUGAUGCUUUGGCCUCAAUAAAGAUUUUUAUUUAAUGA